CCUCAGUCGUAACUGAACAGGGUACCGAACUACCGUAGGACCUAUAGUGAAUUUGCUCAUCGUUUUUAAGUGUCUUCAAUUUUCCACCCCGAUCUUUUGUACUUCGACGUUUUUCAACCUCGUAGUCAGUUAGCUUCUACACCUACCCCUAAGAGAGUUCAUAUUUCCCCGGUAUAUAUGGAAUGCGCCUAUGGUGAUGGAUUAUAUAAGGGAGUUUGAUAUAAAACUAGAUAAGGAGUAUUAUUAUCCUGGGGAACAGGUUAAUGGAACUGUUAUUUUGGACACAAUCGAAAAUUUCAAGCUGAGAACAAUAAGGAUAUUACUUAGAGGAAAAGCGCAUGCAGAAUGGAAAGUUCUAUUAUCAGGAGACAGAAGAACUGUGAAAGAUGACCAAUACUUCAUCGACGAACGUCAGGUCAUAUGGGGCGAGAAGAACCUGGAAACCACGAUACCAAUUCUACCAAGAGGCCUACACAAAUUCCCUUUCAAAUUCUCUCUUCCCGAAUCUAGUCUACCUUGUUCUUUUGAGAGCAAACCCACGUGCAUAAGGUACUACUUCAAGGUCACCAUAGACAUCCCCUACGCCAGUCCACCGCAAGGGAUGAAGUACUUCACGGUGAUUGGACCACAUAUCGACUGUAUGGAGGAGCAAUACCUUAAACCUGUAGUCCUGGAAGACAGAAAAAGUACCUGUUGUUGGUGUUGUAAAAAGGGCACCCUUAUGCUGAGGGGUGUUCUAGAAAGAUCGGCCUAUGUGUGCAAGGAAAGCAUCAAGUUGAAAGCAACGAUAGACAACCAAUCGGAGAACGAGGUGAGACUGGUAGUAAGACUGGAACAGUGCUGUGAAUUUUUCAUAGACAGGGGUGUUCUUGGUGUCAGUAAGGAUUCCAAAUACCUCGUCUUUGAAUACAGAGGGAGUAAUGUGAAACCCCACACAAGAAGCAAAUGGGAUAGUGCCAAUAGCUUAGUUUUACCGCCUAUGCCAACAACCCUUGUCGGAAUAUGUCGACUGGUACAAAUAUACUAUAUUUUAACUGUCAGCCUAUCUAGUGACAAAGAGCCAGAUCUUGUUCAAAUACAGUUUCCGAUAACGAUUGGAACAGUGCCCUUCAGAAUUCCAAACAGCAACCAAACACCGACAAUAAAAUAUGAACAUGCUUGCUCUCAUGUGGAAGGAGGUAGAUACAUUGGUCCAGAAUUUCUCUUGGGACAAGUUUACGAUGGGAACGAACACCAUUUAAGGGAACCUGUAGUCUUAUACAAACCUCUCUACGUAACAGUAGACAAAAAUUCAGAAAAUUAAGGAACAUGGCAAUAAUAAGCAGGGUUUUAAUUUUUUCAGAUCAAUUCGUGAAGACUGAAUAUAG